AUGAAUUUUGAUACACAGUCUACCUGUGUGGAGCUGCCAUUGAACAAUGAGGUGGCUGAUACUGAAAAAGGGCUGCAGUUGAAUGUUGCAAGUAAUAAUUAUUGCUGCGGAAAGAAAAACCCGGAAAGUAAUGAUGAUGAUGAUGAUGAUGAAGAAGAAGAAGACUUAAUACAACCACUUCAUAUGCUUGAUUUCCCGAUUCUACGACUUCAGCCACCAUAUGAAGUGUUGUCUACCAUCUUGAAACUAUUGUCUCCCGAAGAAACUAUAAAUUUUGGUGUCUUUGCCAAUCGAGAUCAACACUUUAUCGUAGAUGAAGACGAAUGGUCAGUGUUUAAAAACCAUAACGUCUCAGCAUUAGAGCUCAAGGAUGCUGUAUCAUGGCUCAAACUUUACAGCAUCAGACUCAACACAUCUAAGAAGUUAGCACGUUUGCCUUUACUAGCAAAUUCUUUGAGAAUAAAUUUUGCAAAUGAAUACAAUGCAUAUUUGACACGAAUCAUUUCAAACGAUCUAUCCUGGAUUAGUACUCAAGCUAAGAGAGAAGAAAUACACGCAAUGACCAGUCUUCGGUUGAGUGAAAACUGUGGUCGUAUGGCUCAACCGGAUAGUAUUCGCAAGAUCCAAUUACCAGGUCUUGAAAGAUUAACAUCCCCGUCUGUGAAAUCGAUUGUUUUAAAAGAACCAUCAAUAACAAAUGAUAACCUUGGGUUAAAGACUUGGGGAAGUUCUCUAAUUCUAAGUCUGCGAUUGUUGAGAAGCCAAAGAAACAGAUAUUUGCAUGGCUUGGUACUUGAAUUAGGGUCAGGUACUGGACUUGUAGGUAUCUGUUGCUGUAUUUUAAAAUUUGAUACGACAUUGACCGAUUUGCCUCAGAUAGUGCCCAAUUUGGAAUCUAAUUUGAAGCUCAAUAACUUGCUAGGGUCUAGUGAAAAUUGGCAAGGUCCAAAAAUAAGGGCUGAACAGUUAGACUGGUCUAACCCUCACACUUCGCCUAUUUAUGGUGAGAAGUUUGACACUAUUGUUUUAAGUGACCCCAUCUAUUCAAGUCACCACCCACAAUGGGUAGUCAAUGUACUUGAUUUGUUUUUAAGAAAUGACGAGAAUAGCAGUAGUGUUUCUGUAUUGAUUGAAAUUCCACUUCGGCCAAAGUUUGAAAAGGAAAGACAAGUACUUUGGGACUUGAUGAGUGAAAAGUAUGAGGAAAUAGAGUGUGAAAUUGAAGAUGGAUUUGAUGAUUUUGGUGAGAUGAAGUUUUGUUUCAAGAAAUAUACAAGAAAAUGA